CCCCCCCCCCCCCCAAGUGAACGAACACCAAGUUUAUUUCACAAAGUAAACAAAACGUCGUGUCGGAGAAUGUGCUAUAGUUUUAAAAGAUUCGUAAAAAAAUGUGUGCGAUCGUGGGCAAACUGUGAUGUUCGAUUUUGUUUUCAGCUGUGCAUCACCAAAGACACGCACACACAAUUCGUGUUUGCGUGUCACUUCAACCCCCGAACAAAAAUCAAAAUGAAAUCAAGGAACUCAGCAGGUUUGGUUUGAAGUGAAUCAUGCCACCCGUUUCAUUAUUAUAGUUACUUUUGCAGUUUGAAUGUAACAUCAAAGAGAAAGGACACUCACCGGGAUGUCCAGAUGGCACAUCAGUUUGGUGUCACCUGACAUGAAAUCCAUGCUGAAAGAAAUAUAAAACAUUAAUUGUGUAAAGAUUUCGUUUUUAAUUGCCUUAGAAAGUUACAAAGAAAUGACGAUUUUUCGGGGCAAGUGCAUUGCACUGUGAUGAUGACGUCAGUAAUUACAAGCUCGGGAAGAACGUUGUUCUACGUACAUGUACUUUAAACCAGAGCUGUAAUGACUCGAGUCAAUGAGGGUUUGUUUCCCUUAUAUAAUGAUCCAACUAUGAGCUAAAAAUCGUUUUGAUCUGUUCAGUACUUUUCGUUGAAAUUGGAAAAAAAUAGAUCUUGGUGCAUUUUUAGAAGUUGUAACACUUGUGUUUGCAAUAUCUGUCAAUCUUUUCAAGCCUCACGAAUAUUAACAAGGUUCCUACCCAUUAUGGUGUGCAGUAAAAAUUUGCAGUAUCGCCUCCUUCACAAGUUAUUAAUUCAUAAAUCUCAAAUGCCGGCUUCCAUUGGUCGAUACCCACGCGAAGUCACACUAUUAUGCCAAAAUCGUCUCCAAAAGUUGUACGAGUUUAUAAGUUCCAAUUGGUUUCGCAUAGGUAAAUAUAUUAAAAAGACAGCCUUUCUAAAACAGAAAUCUAAAAAUUGGAUUGCACAUUGUGUAAUGCGUAUAAUUUCAGACAUUAUAUUUGAAUCGAUAUAAAAUACUAACGCUGAUGGUGACAUUAAAGAUUUUCUUUCAGAUGAGAGUAACAGUUACUCCAAUAUCAAAGUGCAGUCUGUUAAUGAAGCUCGUCCAUGGAGCUAUUGCUCCCUGGUUAGUCGUUGCUUUGUCUAUUGACUUUUGAUGCAUCUCAUUACAUAACGAUCGGUUAGAAUUCUUUUUGGGAUGUUCUUCAUCUCGUCCUGCUCGAGGGAUGGGUGUAUACAAAUUAACUACCAGAGGUCCAUGCAAAAUACUUCGAAACCUCUGAGGUGAUUUUGUAUUAAAAUUGACAGUGAGAUAUGAGGAGAGACCAAAAUCAUAAUACAUGUAUGAUACUCAUUGGAAUCAGACUCGACUAGAAAAGCAGUUACUUUACAACUUACACCCGCUACAUAUACAGUCGGCUGCGUGUGUGCAAGUUGGACUGCAUGUGUGCAAGUUAGGCUCUACCUACACGGAGUUUAAUUAUUAAAGUGCAUUUUAGGAGAGAAUGAAAAUCAAUUGAAUGGGGUUGUUUCUAGCCCUACUGUUUUAAAACUCACGCUUGAAACUUGUAGAUUUGUUUGCACACUGUCGUUUGCCUUUGCUGGUCACUUUUACUUUGUGGUUAAAGCAAGCUGUUAAUCAAAACGACAUAAAGAUAAUCAAAAUACAAAGGCUACACUCGCCAUAGUUUUGUAUAGCCUCCUAUUAUAAUUCUUCAUUCCAAGUUGGUGACAAAUUUCUCAGAGUAUCAAUGUUAUACAAUCAUGUACAUACCAUUAUCACAUGUUACUCACGUUUGCCACACCGUUAAACAUUUGAGACUAUUUCCAACCCGUUUAUAUUUGUUCGAUUUAGUAAACACUAGAUGUGAUGUUGACUCUCCAUUUCGAACAGAUUUUAUAGAUUUAUCUAUGAUGUGAUUCAUAAUCAAGCUUCGCUGUGCAGGAGAUGAAUGACUUUGCACCUUACCUAAAAUAAAAUCCAUUGAUGUGGUAGGUAAUACAUCUCAUACACACCUUGCUAAAAUACCAGAUCGCUAAACGUUGGUCGCCAAUAUUCUCCCAAGUGAUAUCACUCUAACUUGGCUACAACCAAUACUGAUACAGCAUUCCUCGGUAUAGGCUUUUAUUUGCAAGCAACCCUAUCAUGAGGUUCCUCAUUGUCCUGACCACCGUGUGCCAGCUCUUGGCAGGGUUGGCAUUAACGGCGGAGUCUGUUCGGCUCACCCGGCGCUACACGGGGCCAGAGAUGGGUACAGGCGGUCUGCUGAGUCGCAUGAUGGCCAGAAUGGCCGAGUUGAAAGAAGCACCGGAGAUGGAAGCAAAGACCAACCAAGUGGUAGGUGGCGAUGAAGAUGUUCAUUACAACAUUGGCAAAUGCAAAGAGUUGGACUGCGCAAGGAUUCAAGAACUCAAACAGGCAGUGUUUGCCCUGCUCGAGGCAAUCGAUUGUCAUGAUCCUGCUGAAAGCAGCGUUCCUGGCUCAACCAGUUCCCAGACCGAUUCCAGCAGCAGCCAAUACUCCUUACCAUCCUGGCCUACCUGGCAAGACUCACUAUGGCAGUUGGACUCCUGGGAUAGCAGCAGCUCGGGACAGAGUCAACAACCCCCAAGCUAUGAAGAACCACCCCAGAGCCUGGACCCUCAAGCUCAAGCUAUGAAGAACCAACCCCAGAACCUGGACCCUCAAGCCCAAGCUAUGAAGAACCAACCCCAGAGCCUGGACCCUCAAGUUCAAGCUAUGAAGAACCAACCCCAGAACAUGGACCCUCAAGCUCAAGCUAUGAAGAACCAACCCCAGAACCUGGACCCUCAAGCUAUGAAGAACCAUCCCCAGAACCUGGACCCUCAAGCUAUGAAGAACCAUCCCCAGAACCUGGACCCUCAAGCUAUGAAGAACCAACCCCAGAACCUGGACCCUCCAGCUAUGAAGAACCAUCCCCAGAACCUGGACCCUCAAGCUAUGAAGAACCAUCCCCAGAACCUGGACCCUCAAGCUAUGAAGAACCAACCCCAGAACCUGGACCCUCAAGCUAUGAAGAACCAUCCCCUGAACCCACAUCUCUAAGUUACAAAGAGCCCUACAACGAGUACUUUGGCAAGAAUUUCAAACGAUACUAUAGGAAAUAGAUUGGAUCUUGGAUCGAUCCCAUCCCUCCAAUUGAAGUUGUUCUCCCACUUAUGGCAAUGUAGUCGUCUUGUCAAUAUUCAGCCAAAAUUAUAGAAUCUCACUGCAUGAUCACUCAACAAUAGCCAUCGUAACAAAAUUUAAGCUGCCAAAUAAUUAUUUAGUGAAAGACUUAUUCUCUCAUGAAAAUAUGUUCAUGUAAGUAACCCAAAAGGUUUUGCCACUAAAAUCUCUAUUGUUUCAGAUAUACUUGAAUUUUUAAGUUCACAAUCUUUUACAAAUGCGAUUUUCUUUCAGCUAUCUUACAAAUAAUAAUCAAUGAUUCAAGA